AUGUCUGGUGCAGGUAUAUCGACCAGUGCUGGCAUACCUGACUUUCGAUCACCCGGUACUGGACUUUACUCUCAAUUGGAAAAAUACAAUUUACCAUUUCCUCAAGCAAUAUUUCAAUUGGAUUAUUUCCGCGAAAAUCCAAAGCCUUUUUUCCUGUUGGCUAAAGAGCUCUACCCACAAAAGUUUACUCCGACGCCGACUCAUUACUUCAUUCGACUAUUGAACGAGAAAGGCAAAUUACUACGUACAUUCACACAGAAUAUUGAUUCUUUGGAACGGAUUGCUGGUAUACCAACGGAGAAGAUUGUCGAAGCUCAUGGAACAUUUUUUACUGCGCACUGUUUGGAUUGUCGAGCGGAAUACUCAUUGGAAUAUGUUAAAGAUAUUGUUUUUUUUGGUGAAAGUCUACCUGAACGAUUUGCUGAAUGUGUUAAAAGUGUAAAUGAAAAUUUAAAAUAA